GCCGGGGGUGACAGGGGACAGUGGAGGGGUUGGAGAGGUGGUGCUGUUGGAGGGACGAUUCGGGACUCACUCUCCCUACCCAUCUCCUUUGCACUGUGCCUGCCUCGUGUGCACUAAGGGGCAAACUCAAACAGGUUACACGAGGUUAAGGUGACUUUGAGGCUGGCUGGCUGCCCAGUCUCUGCCUUUAAACCCAUGAACGCAAAAACAACCCACUGGCAUCUAGCAGAUCAUCCUGAAGUAAAUGAAGUUCACAACAAAAAUGAAGAGCUUUUGACUUUUCUGAAAAACGUUUAUGUUGAUUCAAAAGAUUAUUCAUCGAAGUGAUGGAUUGGUACUUUCAUAUGCCAUUCAAGGAGAAAUGCCAUCCUCGUCUUUCAGUUUACCUGCCUCCACUGCAUUUGCUCUCAUGAACGUUCCAAUCAAUGAGACGUCCAAGCAGCUGCAGGAGUACAGAUUUCCCAAAGUCACUUUGAAUCACGACCCAGCAGGGAUUACACAAGUUCCAAAAGGCAAACUGAGCAUUGUGGAAGUUCUUGCUGUUAUCAACAAUCACAAACUCCAUCCCGAAGUAUGGACUGCUGAAAAAAUAGCUGAAGAUUACAGUCUAGAACUUAAAGAUGUUAAAGGAUUGCUGGAAUAUUUCAAACCCUUCGAAAUGAAAAUUCUACCUCCAAAGCAAAAGAACAAGGAACUGAUAUCAACUAGGUGAUAAUGUGCACAAUUUCAGUCAAUAUAUUUUAUAAAAAGGGAACCAAAUGUUAUUUUUUUAUUUAUGAUGUACAACAUGUGCGAGUAAUGGAAAUGUUAUGGAUAUUAUGGCUAACAUUUCAGACCUAUGCUGUAAUGUGUGUAAAUUGGUGUAGAACUGCUAACCUGUCAAUUAGUCCUGUGCGCCAUGGUAGCGUACCAGUUUGAUGCCAUUACAGCCUGGGGCUUUCCAGAUUCAAUUCUGGCACCGCCUGUAAGGAGUCUGUACUUCCUCCCCUUGAACCUUGUGGGAUUUUUUCCAGGUGUGCUGAUAUCUCCCACAGUCUAGAGACAUACCAGUUAAUAGGUUAAUUAGUCAUUGGUAAAUUGUCCUUUAAUUAUGUCCUGUAUUUAAUUUGGUGGGUUCUGGCCGGAAGGGCCUGUUCCAUGCUGUAUCUCUAAAUAAAGUAAAACAUUGACACUACAGUUUAGUGUCAGUUUGCAUUGUGUUUCAAUAUGGUGUUCACUAAACCUGUGAUCAAAACACCAGGUGUAUCUAACUAUGGCAUUGAUAGGAGAACCAUAGAACAUUACAGCACAGAAACAGGCCUUUUGGCCCUUCUUGGCUGUGCCGAACCAUUUUUCUGCCUGGUCCCACUGACCUGCACUAUAACCCUCCAUACACCUCUCAUCCAUGUACCUGUCCAACUUUUUCUUAAAUGGUGAAAGUGAGCCCGCAUUUACCAUUUCAUCUGGCAGCUCGUUCCACACUCCCAACUCUCUCUGUGUGAAGAAGCCUCCUUAAUGUUUCCUUUAAACUUUUCCCCCUUCACCCCUAACCCAUGUCCUCUGGUUGUUUUUCUCCCCCACCUAGCCUCAGUGGAAAAAGUUUUGAAUCUCUCAUAAGCAAAUAUGCUUACAGGUUUCCCCUGCUAUCUGAAGGUGGAGCGUUCCUAUGAAACCGUUUGUAACCAAAAUGUCGUAAAGCGAAGAAGCAAUUACCAUUAAUUUAUAUGGGAAAAAAUUUUGAGCGUUCCCAGACCCAAAAAAUAACCUACCAAAUCAAACCAAAUAACACAUAAAGCCUAAAAUAACACUAACAUAUAGUAAAAGCAGGAAUGAUAUGAUAAAUAUACAGCCUAUAUAAAGUAGAAAUAUUGUAUGUACGGUGUAGUUUCACUUAUCAAAAUUGGGAAGACAGCGAACCAAAAUCGAUUUGGAGAAAAAAACAGCACGUACAUGAGUACGCACACAACUGCCCGCACAGGGCUUCACGGUCAUCACAGUCUUUCUCGGGGUAAACACAUGUAUAAAGCGGGCAUCUUUUUUUUGUAAAAGCGAAAAUCCUCUUUGGUUAGUGAAAACAGGUACUAAUGUAGGUCUUACAUAACAGCGAGUUGUCGUAAAGCGAACGUUCGAAAAACGGGGGGCCACCUGUAUUUGCUACAUAUCCUGCAGAUUUAUGUAAAACAUCAAUAAGUUAAAAGUGAAAUGGAGUUCAUUGCCAAGUGCACAAGUACAUGUAUGUACAGGUGCAAUGAAAAACUUAUUUGCAGUGUCAUCACAGGUACACAGCAUCAAACAAGCUGUAGUCACAAGAACAAACAUUAAUUAAAGACAAAUUAUACACAAUUUUUACAACGAAACAUAACUGGAACAAAUAAAAUUCCAUUUUAACUUACUGUGGUUGUUGCUAAACUGGUGAUUAGGGCUGUGCCAGUCAGUUCAAAAACUGAAAGCUUGAACCUGGUGAUGUGGGGCUUUAGGCUUCUGUAGCUAUUGGAGCUGUGAGAUGAUGGCAAGUUCCAUUUCAGAGCUGUGAACAGAUAAUGGAGUCUGACCUUUAAGUGCCGUACGGGUAAAGGUGGCACUUUAUAGAUGUGGUGCCGUAUUUGCCCCUCGGGAGCACAUACCAAAUAAAAUAAUUAAAACACUAUGGAAGUAAUCCUCAGCCAACACAACCGAAGGUAUUUACCUCAUUGCUCUUUGUGCCCCUUGCAAAUUUGCCUUGUUUGCUUCUGUUUCAAUAAAUUUAUUAUGUA